GUCAGGGGGAGUGGGCGGCGUUUGAUUCCGUCUGCCGGUAAAGUGGGCGGGGCUUGACCCGUUUUUUUGAUCCUCGUUCAUUUUUUUAUCACCGUGACAAUUUAAACAGCGUCACCGGUUUCCCCGUUUCAUGGCAGUGGUACGAAGCUGUGUUAAAUAAUGGGUCCGAUGACAGGACGUGUGUGUUAGAGCGGCGGCUUUGUGCACCGGCUGCCGUUGGUCCGGCCCCUCUCCCUCCCUACCCGUGUUGCACCGCAGUAUUGAUGGUUCAGCUAAGAUGGCGGUGCAGGAAUCUGCUGCUCAACUAUCCAUGGCAUUAAAGGUCCAGGAGUAUCCCACUCUGAAGGUACCUUAUGAAACCUUGAAUAAGCGAUUUCGAGCUGCCCAGAAGAAUAUUGACCGAGAAACUAGUCAUGUGACCAUGGUAGUUGCAGAACUGGAGAAAACAUUGAGCAACUGCCCAGCAGUGGAUUCUGUCGUGACCUUAUUAGAUGGGGUAGUUGAGAAACUCAGCGCUUUGAAGAGAAAGGCUGUUGAGUCAAUCCAAGCUGAAGAUGAGAGUGCAAAGCUGUGCAAACGUAGAAUCGAACACUUAAAAGAACACAGCAGUGACCAGGCAGCAGCAGUGAAUAUGUGGAAGAAAAAACGCAUGGACCGUAUGAUGGUGGAGCACUUGCUGCGAUGUGGCUAUUACAACACUGCUGUUAAACUAACCAAGCAGAGUGGAAUUGAGGACUUGGUGAAUAUUGACAUGUUUCUUACAGCCAAAGAGGUUGAAGAGUCGCUUGAAAGGCAAGAAACAGCCACUUGUCUGGCCUGGUGCCAUGACAAUAAAUCAAGGCUGAGGAAGAUGAAAAGCUGCUUGGAGUUCAGUCUGAGAAUUCAAGAGUUCAUUGAACUCGUCCGACAAAAUAAGAGGCUGGAAGCUGUAAGACAUGCACGGAGACACUUCAGUCAAGCGGAAGGGGGACAGCUGGAUGAGGUGCGACAAGUGAUGGGCAUGCUGGCUUUUCCCUCAGAUACGCACAUUUCACCUUAUAAGGAUCUUUUGGAUCCAGCUCGAUGGAAGAUGCUCAUUCAACAAUUCAGAUAUGAUAACUACAGACUUCAUCAACUUGGAAAUAGCUCUGUUUUCACUAUAACGCUGCAAGCAGGACUGUCAGCCAUAAAGACACCACAAUGCUAUAAAGAAGACGGCACCUCUAAAAACCCAGACUGCCCUGUCUGCAGCAAAUCUCUGAACAAGUUAGCACAGCCUCUGCCUAUGGCACAUUGUGCUAACUCCCGACUGGUCUGCAAGAUCUCUGGUGAAGUAAUGAAUGAAAACAAUCCACCCAUGAUGCUGCCUAAUGGAUACGUAUAUGGAUAUAACUCACUACUUUCUAUUCGUCAAGAUGACAAAAUUAUCUGCCCAAGAACCAAAGAAGUCUACAACUUCUCUCAAGCUGAAAAAGUAUACAUCAUGUAGAAGUGUGGAAAAGAGCAAGACCAGAAUCUGAACCACAGGGCAUCAUUUGGCUUGGCCUGUUGACUGCUGGAUACUGCUUGAUUACCUGUGGCAAUGCACCUAUUUUUUGGUGGAUGUCUGUCUCUUAUGAUCAGAAAUCCAAAUGGAACAAGAAAUACACAGUGUUGUAUGAUGACAGGGCUUUGAAAGCAAGAGGAGUUUGUACUAAAAAGGUGAAAUAAAACAAUUGAGGCUCUUA